AGGAAGUCCAAAGGGAAGGGCAUGCUCACUCUCUAGGUGGGAGUAGAGAGAGAAGGACACAAACACCUGAGAGACGGGAAACAUCUGCAAUCUGAAGCAGACAUGGCCGCCAUCUCUAUCCCACCCAGUGACUCCUCGCUGGAGAAAAAUCUAACCUGCUCCAUCUGCAUGGACGUAUUUACUGAUCCGGUCACCACGCCUUGUGGUCACUCUUUCUGCAAGAGAUGCCUAGAGCUCAGCAUCUCAGCAUAUCAGGUGAACGAGAUGUGUCCUCUUUGCAAAAAGCAUCUCAGUAAAGCUCCUGAUGUUAACAUCGUGCUGAGAGACAUUGCCCAGCAUAUGAAAAACACAAUAAAUAACAGGACUUUGAGAGGAACCGGGGAAAUAGUUUGUGACGUCUGCAUGGAGCCGAAGCAGAAGGCUAAGAAGUCCUGCCUUGUGUGUCUCGCUUCGUAUUGUUCAGACCACUUGGAAAACCAUUCAGUUGAAAGGCUGAAGGGCCACAAGCUGGUUGAACCAGUAGAGAACCUGGACACAAGGGCCUGCCUGAUCCACGGCCGUCCGCUUGAGCUGUACAGCAAGAAGCAGCAGAAGUGCAUCUGUGUCCGAUGUAUAAAAGGAGGUGAGGAGGAAGUUGUCUCAACCGAAGAGGAAUGGGACAAUAAAAAGACUCAACUUGAGAACACCAAGACAGAGUUAGAGGAGAGCAUUACAAUAAGAAAGACAAAGAUGGAUGAGAUAAACAAAGCUCUAAAGGAUUGCAAGGACCUGAUUGAUAACGAGUGGUGGGAAAUCGAGUCUGUCUUCACAGCUGUGAUUGCUAUUGUGGAGACGGCCCAGAGGAGAGCUCUUAAGCCACUAGAAAACCAGAGGCACAUGAUAGAUAAAGAAGCAAAAAAUCUGAAAGAUGAGCUGGACGCUGAAAUCAACAAAAUUAAGCAAGAAGUCACAGAACUAGAUGACAUCUCUUCGCUUGAAGAUCACAUCCUUUUCUUACAGAGGUACCCAUUGCCUUCAGUUCAAGAUGACAUGAAGGACUGGACAGACGUUCAACUUGACACCACUCUGUCUUUUGGCUCUAUGAGAGAAACUACGACAACGAUGGUCAAAAAUAUUCAGCAGCAGCUGGAGAAGCUGGAUGCCAUUGAACUCAACAGACUCUCAAAGUUUUCAGUAAACAUAGAGCUGGACCCAGCGACUGCACACCAACACCUCGUACUUUCACCUGAUGGGAAAGAAGUACAAGAUGGAGGAGAAAACCAGGAAGUAGCUGAUUCUCCUAAGAGGUUCGAUGUGUUUGGCAGCGUCCUCGGACUCAACAGCUUGACGACUGGAAAGUCAUACUGGGAGGUAGAGGUCAACAACAAGGCCGGAUGGGAUCUAGGUGUAGCCAGAGGCAGUGCCGACCGUAAAGGCAGACUCACACUGAGCCCAGAAAAUGGUUAUUGGGUUUUGGUCCAUUAUGAAGAGGAGAAUUACGCAGCCAUGACAGCACCACCCAUUCGUCUUUCUCUUGAAGAAAAACCCAAGAAGGUGGGGGUAUUUGUGGACUACGAGGAAAAUCUUUUGUCCUUCUACAAUGUAACGACCCAGUCUCAUAUCUACUCAUUUACCGAGUGUUCAUUCAAAGACGAGCUUUACCCAUAUUUCAGCCCGCACAUGAAACAGGACAAGAUGAACUCUAAGGCUUUGGUUAUUUCUACUGGCAAACAUUUUGAAAAGGAUGAAGAAUGAAAUUGUUUGUGCUCUGUUUCUGUUUAGCCAGAGUAUUCAGUGUUUGUGAUUCAGGACUUAAUUUUGUUUUACGAAAGACUGGAAAAGAAAUGUAAAUGAUUUAUGACCAUGUAGAAAUUUGUAGGGACAUUAUUUUUGUUAAAUUUAAUUUUAAACUAUUUGAAAAAAGGUUUGCCAUCACCUUUAAACACUACAUGCUACAAGCUUUUAACAACACGAGGUAAUUACUUUUCUCAAGGAUCUGCAUGCUGACCAACCUGUUGGUAAUUAGCUUACACUAAACCCCACCUGUUGGAAACCCUACUGGUCUUUUAGCAAUUUGUUUCUCCAUUUUAUACAUGCGCUGCCAUUUCAUCCUUUCCUAUUUCCAUAACAUACCUGUAAACAAACCAUUUGGUACUCAUGUAUGUAAACCACCGCACAUAAUUUUAUUAUAAUAAAUAAAUAAAUGUUUACUAUUUCCAAAAA